CGCUGUUUUGGUUGGUAUAGCCGUUAAAACCAACAACUGUUCCUACUCAUACACGAAUAAUCAAUUUUCCAUUUCUAAACAUUACUAUUUUUUUUCUUAAAUUAGAAAUAAAUAAAAGAAAGUAAAUUAUUCUCUGUCAAAGAUUUUUCCUGAAUCAUUCUUUCCCUUUUCUGUAAUUCAGAAUUACUAAUUCUCCUGUCGUUGUUUCCUUUCUAGAAAAGAAAAGAGAUGAAACAACAGACUCAAGAAUCCAAAUCUAGGCAAUGUCGACGUUUUCGCCGUCGUUAGCCGUCCUUUCUCUGAUUCUUCUAGGCCUAUCUCUGGUUUCAUCUAAUCCAUCGACGGAGAUCAACAAGGGAGGAGAGAUUCGAUUACCUUCGGAGAAGACCAACGGCGAAUUCUGCGGAGAAACGUCUAAACCGGGUUCUUGUCCGGUUAAAUGUUUUAGGGCUGAUCCGGUUUGCGGCGAAGACGGUGUUACUUACUGGUGCGGAUGUGCAGAUGCUUUGUGCCACGGCGUUCGUGUUUCUAAACAUGGAGCUUGCGAUGUUGGUAAUGGCGUUGGGUUGUCUGUUCCUGGACAAGCUUUGCUUCUGAUCCACAUUGUCUGGUUGAUGGCUCUUGGGUUUUCGAUUCUUUUUGGUCUCUUCUGAUUUCGUUAAUUAAUUAUUUUUUUGUGUGGAUAAAGAAGAUAUAGAGAGAGAUAAAUAGGUUUUGAGAUUGCAAUCUUUUGCUAAUAUUCUUUGAGAGAAUGUUUUUUUUUGUAUUUGAUUUGUGCUGAAAAUUAAUACAAGAAAAGGCGUUUCUGUGAAA